AUGAAAGUCUCAUCUUUAUUGACAACUACCACCUUGAUUUCAUUGAUUUCAGCUGCUCCUGCUGUGACUGCUCCACCAAAUGCUGCUGCUACCGACGGUGCCAACUGGUCUACCUACCCUUCAGUUGCAAAGACUGCAUCGAUCAAUGGUUUUGCUGAUAGAAUUUAUGAUCAAUUACCAGCGUGUGCUCAGCCAUGUGUUCGUGAAGACACAAAAUCUACACCUUGUCCAUAUUGGGAUACUGGUUGUUUAUGUGUCAUGCCUCAAUUCGCUGGUCCUAUUGGUGAAUGUAUUGCAUCUGCUUGUAAAGGAAACGAUGUUCGUUCUGCCACAUCCUUAGCUACUUCAAUCUGUUCAAGUGCUGGUGUUUGGGAACCAUACUGGAUGAUUCCAGCCACUGUCUCACAAAGUUUGGCUGCUGCCGCCACUGCUGUCUAA